GUUGUGUUGGAGUGGAGUAGAGAUCAGUAUCAUGUUAUGUUUGAUUCAUACAGAGACAACGUUGCGGGCAAAUCGUUUCAGAAUCGGCUUUGUUUACCCAUGCCAAUUGAUGUGGUAUACACCUGGGUGAACGGCACAGAUGUUGAACUGAUCAAAGAACUGCAACAGGUCAGAGAACAGAUGGAGGAAGAACAGAAAAUAAUGAGGGAAAUCCUUGGAAAGAAUGCAACAGAACCAACAAAGAAGAGUGAGAAGCAACUGGAAUGCUUGUUGACACACUGCAUUAAAGUGCCAAUGCUUGUUCUGGAUCCUGCACUGUUGACCAACAUCACGCUGAAAGACCUCCUGUCCAUUCAUCCUACUUUACAAGCCGCUAACAAUAUGUUUUUUGUAGCAAAACCAAAAAAUCCUUCCACCAACGUGACAGUAAUUGUUUUUGAUAACCCUAAGGAUGCUGAAGAUGCCCAUUCUGGAAUGUUGAAAGACAACAGCAAGCAUAUAGUAUGGAGGGGUUACUUGACUACAGACAAAGAAGUUCCAGGUCUAGUGUUAAUGCAAGACUUGGCCUUCCUUAGUGGAUUUCCAGCUACGUUCAAAGAAACAAAUCAGCUGCGAUCAAAACUACCAGAGAGCCUGGCCUCUAAAGUAAAAUUGUUGCAGCUCUAUUCUGAAGCCAGUGUGGCUCUUUUGCAACUGAAUAACCCCAAGGGUUUCCAUGAACUGAGCAAACAAGCGAAGAAGAACAUGACUAUAGAUGGAAAAGAAUUAACGCUUAAUCCUGCUUACUUAUUGUGGGACCUGAGCUCCAUCAGUCAGGUAGGUAAGCCCUGUUACAGAAUGUAGAGGUUGCAGUGUGCA